UUCAGCCCCCGUCUACUCCGGGGUGGUGCUUAGCCGGCGCCAGACCGACCCUCGACUUCGGAGGGGCAGUGCCGUUCCUCUGGGCGCUUCCUCGGCGGCCGCUUCGGCUCCUUCAGCCUCCUCGGCCUCCUCAGCCCCCGCCGGGACCCGAGACCUCGGUGUAUGCCCCACCCCUGACCCCGCUAGAGAUAUGUCCACCCCGGCUCGGCGGCGCCUCAUGAGGGACUUCAAGAGGUUGCAGGAGGAUCCUCCGGCUGGAGUCAGCGGGGCUCCGUCCGAGAACAACAUAAUGGUUUGGAACGCGGUCAUUUUCGGGCCUGAAGGGACCCCGUUUGAGGACGGAACAUUUAAGCUUACAAUAGAAUUCACUGAAGAAUAUCCAAAUAAACCACCUACGGUUAGAUUUGUCUCUAAGAUGUUUCAUCCAAAUGUCUAUGCAGAUGGUAGUAUAUGUCUGGACAUACUUCAGAACCGCUGGAGUCCAACCUAUGAUGUGUCUUCCAUUUUAACAUCCAUACAGUCCCUAUUGGAUGAACCCAAUCCCAAUAGUCCAGCAAACAGCCAGGCUGCUCAGCUGUACCAGGAGAACAAGCGGGAAUAUGAAAAACGUGUUUCUGCGAUAGUAGAACAGAGCUGGCGUGACUGUUGACCCGGGUGCAGCAAAAGAAGAGGCUGGUCAUAAGGAAAAUAUAUAUUGAUGUGUGUGUCACCUUCCUGUUCCUCAAUGUCAUUACAUUACUUUAUUAAAAGCAAAAUAGCUGUCGUGCUGUUUCCAUCUUCCCUUGCCGAGCUUUUCCUACCCCUUGUACCCUCUCCUCGAACCUCAGCAAACACCCUCUACAAGAUCAAAUGUACUGUACCUGGGUUACGUGCGAACAUUACUAAUGCUUCAUCCCUUUUCUGUUGUGUCUCAGCUCCAGUUUUAGGGCAGGAUUGUGUUACCGUACUUUACACUAAGCUUUUAAAGUGAAUCGUUAUACAAGUGGUGCUUAUGCAGAGCUUCAUGACCAGGAUGUUAUUUUUAACAAAAGGAUUGCUACAGUGUUUCAUCCUGGCUGGUCCUUCACUUGUGUUGGAUUUAGAAGUGGAUGUUUGGAAUAGGCCUAUGGGAAACAGGGGAACAAAUCCAUAUAAGCAUCCAUUCUGAAAGAGCAGUGGAGGCUAGAAAUGCUAUCAUACUAACAUCCAACCAAAAUGAAUUACAAGACGGUUUUUACUGGUACGAGGGAAAAAGUUAAAGGACUCGGCCAAAGGAACGCAGCGAUAAUUGCAACUGACACAUCCUCUCCUUGCAAGAUACUCACUGGGCUCACCCAUGCUAAGUUUCAGAAUACUGAAGUCUUCUGGGUUUUUGCUGUUUAAAGAGGUGUGGGAGCAGAGGAAUGGAAACCAUCAUUCGUUUUUAAGCUAGGGAAGGUGGGAGAUCCUUUAAUCUUUUUAAGGGAGCAGUGCCACCCUAGAUAAAUUUAUAAUCCCCCAUCCUUUUUUUAGAGUUUUAGUUAACCCAAGGAAGGGAGCGUAUCUGUGGCAAACUAUUUUCCACUCAAAUCCUGAGUUAAUGCUGCAUAUGCUUUAGUUUCGUCUUCCCUUUCAGUAUUGUAAGAACCUCGAAGUCCCGCUUGUGAUCUUUCGUUGGCUAUUUAUACUUUAGAUAGGACAGUACCUUUAAGUAGCAGCGUGGGACAAGGCUUGUACAUGUUUUGUCUAAUGUUCCAUCGUCACCUUUGGUGUAUUUGUCACUCUUCUAAAUCUAACUUUGCACAAGUAACCCAUGUAAAAAAUGUACAUUUUUCAAAACUUGUAAAUAAAAAUAACCUUAAAACUU